AAGGGAAAGCAAAGACAAAGCCACAAUGAAACCUCAAGUAGCUGUACUGUUGGCCUGUCUUUUGAGAACAAGUUUUGGACUUCCAGUGCAGAUUGGAAUUCUUGCAAGUAACAGCAAUGAGAUUUUGAGACUGAAUGGACUGAACGGAUUGAACGGCUUAACUCUCGCCACUUUGGGUCAAGCUCAGGCCACUUCUCUGCUGCCUCCCUUCGUGCUGCAGCAGCAGCAGCCUGAGGUGCUGCUCACUCCUCAGGUGGUGAACCUGAACCCGCAGGUGGCCGGGCCCUUCGGCCCUCAGGGGCCUCAGGUGUUGCUGCCGUCUCAGGGGAACCAGCUGACCCCCGUCAUCCUCCCCAAUGGUCAGCAGGAGCAGCUCGGACCACAGGACCCCAAUGCUCCCAAUGUCCCACAGCAGGCACAGAACCCUGUACAGAUGUAUCCUCAGUUUCAGUAUCCUGCCUAUGCCUAUCCUCAACUGACCAGACAGCAGAGCUUUUCCUACUUCUUCCCCCGUUACGGAUACACUCAGCAGAGAAACGCCGCGCCCCUGCAGCCAAACAACGGACAGGUGCAGCCCAACGCCAACCUGGACAGAACCACUCAGAGACCACAGCUCCCUCUGCAGCAUGCAUCCCAACCUAAAGUACCUACAGACUCUACAAGGCCACUGGGGACAAACAAAGAGGCCACUACGAUUACCCCGGAGCUCCGUGGUGACGCCUCUGGUCCUGGGGUUGAUGAGGGUCAUUCCAACUUCCCCUUCCUUUUUGAGCCGUGAACUUCGUCAGAUCUCAUUCACCGACUAAAAGCCCUUCAGUGUAUCCUGUUCUGUGUAUAUUCAUGUAUUC